AUGUCAAAGAUCACGGAUAAGAUCGCUGCAUUGCCCUACGAUGCGACCUACCAUUCACUAGAAUUCUUCCCUCCCAAAACUCAGACUGUGCUGUACCUACGUCCAUACCUACUCUAUAGGCUUCUCCAACCUGCAGACGCGCCUCGAGCGCAUGUCGACUGCGCUGCGGCCGUUAUUCGUCACAGUGACCUGGGGGCCGGUGGCUGCACGUCCACUCGGUCGUUCGAACUUGCAGAGAUCUGCCAGAGGCAACUUGGCUUGACAACAUGUCUCCAUCUCACUUGUACCAAUAUGAAGCGGCGUCUGGUGGAUCAAGCGCUGGAGGAAGCAAAAGUCCUGGGCGUCCGAAACAUCCUGGCUCUGCGGGGUGACCCACCACGGGAAGAAGAAUAUAGAUUAGGAAACGAGCGAGACGAGGAGACGGACAGUAAUGAGGAGUUUGCGUGGGCAGCGGAUCUUGUCAGGUAUAUAAGACGCAAGCAUGGUGACUAUUUCUGCAUCGGUGUGGCAGCAUACCCAGAAGGCCAUUCGGAUCUCUCGCAUCCUACAGAUCAGGAUCCAGCCAAAGAUCUGCCAUAUCUUGUCGACAAGGUCAAAGCGGGCGCAGACUUCAUCAUGACCCAACUAUUCUAUGAUGUCCACUCGUACAUAAGGUAUGAGAAGCUGCUUAGAGUCCAUGAAUCCGGCGUCUUCAAGACAAUGCCAAUAAUUCCUGGCUUGAUGCCCAUUCAGAGUUUUGAAAUACUGUCGAGAACUACUAAGCUAUCACAUGCGAAGUUGCCGGAGGAUCUUCACCAAAAGCUCCUGCCAGUCAAAGGAGACGACGAAGCUGUGAAGAGAGUGGGGUUGGACGCUAUCAGCGAUAUGGUGGAACAAAUUAAAACAGUCCAGAUGACCGGUCCACGAGGUUUUCAUUUCUACACACUCAAUCUGGAGAAGGCUGUCACCGAGAUACUAGAUCGUUGCCAGCUCAUACCGCAAGAUUCUGAUUGCGCCGUAUCCGACCUUCCACCCAUGAUCAACGGACCAAAUGACCACGAUGAUGGCCAUAAUCGCACUUUCUCAUCCUCUUCUACCACAGCCGCCGCACAGCUGACAACGAAUGUCCAUAGGCCGUCCUCGCCUAUGCGGCUUGUACUUCCCAGUACGAAUCAGAACGGGAACCAGCUCUCUCGUGAAGCAACCUGGGAUGAUUUCAUCAACGGACGCUUUGGCGAUGCUCGAUCUCCUGCUUUCAAUCCUCCCCUGACGUAUUCUCCAACAUCUAACCCUGCACAAAAAUUUCUGGACAAUCGCUUCUCAGCCCGCAAUCGACGGCCUGCCCUCUUCAGACCCAACCCACGGCUGGGGGCCCCCGGCGGCUUUGUCUUCCAAAAGGCCUUCGUUGAAGCCUUCGUCCCUUCCAUCACCUUCUCCAGUACUCUCCGCUCCCGUCUCCAGCAACUAGCCUCCGAUGGCGAAAUCUCCUGGUACGCGGUCACGAGCUCGAACGAUUUCGAAACUAGCGAACCCGCGUCUGCCGUGCAUGCGGUGACGUGGGGAAGUUUUAAGGGGAAGGAGAUUGCGACCGCGACGAUGGUCGAGGAGGUCAGCUUUCGGGCUUGGGGGGAGGAGGCGUUUGGGAUUUGGAGUGAGUGGGGAAGGUGCGUGGGAGAGGUAGGAAGGGGGUUGAAGCCUGGGGACGAGCUGAAGGAAAAGUUGAGGGGUUGUAGAGAGUUUUUGCUGGGUUUGCCGAGAAGGCUGGUCUUGGUCAAUGUGAUUGGACAUCGUUAUAUGAACGCGGAGAGAUUGUGGGAGGUGCUGAUGAAGUGA